UUUGUUCAAAGUUUUUCUCUUGAAUUCAAAAAUCAGAUUUACAAUGAAAUUUUGAGAUUUUGGUGAUUGAAUAUGUUAAUCUUUUUAGGACAUUGAUCUGCUGAUCUCUACAGUUUCAAUUAGAUUUUAUUUUUCAAAAUUAAAUUUAGAAUUGAGUGCAGCCCGUAGAUUUCUGAACAUCUGAAUUAUUUUUUCCUGCAUAUAAUUAAACAAGAGAGAGUAACACAUAGUGUACGGUGGACUCUUGAGCACAUUGACCUCGAUUCUCAAUUCGUUCCCUUUCACUUAAAAAUUUGUUUUCACCACCGGCUCACGUAUGCACAGUAAAUUGAAUAACACAACUACUAGUAGUCGAUAACUGAUCGUCGUGAAAGAUAUUACAAUUCUCGUUCUUCUGUAAGAAAUUCUGUAAUUUACGCAGUUAUCAAUUAUUUUCUGACAUUUGUUCAUGAACGAGAAUGUGUUAAAUUAUAAGAUACAUAUACUCUAAACAAUGGGAUUUUAUUUUUUUUUAUUGAGCAUUUUUUUGUUUACUAGUACUGAAGUGACCGGACUUAUAAUACCUGAAGAGUUACCAUCAAUUCUUUCACUUAUAUUUUCUAACAUACCACCUAUUAAAAAAGGAACAGAUUCACGGAUUGGUCUUGGAUUUCGACUAGGUGAACAUGCGGAUUUUCAGACUAUUGUUGAACUUGGUCCACAAAAAGAAACAGAUCCCAUUGGCAAUGGUGAAUCGAAGAGGAGACGGCAAAUUAUGUUAGAGUCUGCUACGGGAGGAAAUUAUGGCCCUUGGAAUAAAUCAGUAGACAACAUAAAUCUCGAAAAAGUAAAUCGAAAGAGAGCUGAAUUCCCAGACUUGGUGAAAGAUCAAAAAAAGGAACAUGAAGAUGGAAAUUGGUUGUUAAAAUGGAGUAAAAAAGUAGCUAGUACUAAAAAUACUGAAACGCCAUCAACAAGAAGACCGAUGAUUCAAACAUUAAGGACUAAUAAUGGUAACAAAUAUGAACCAGAGUAAGAAAUAAAAUUAAUUGGAAACAAAACAAAAUAGUAAUCAAUAUUUUUUAUAAACAUAAAUAAUAAUGAGGUUUUUAAAUAGAAAUUGGUUGUUACGGAUUUAAAAAAAAAACAAACAAAAGUACAAUGUAGAUUCAACAACGAACUUAAUCACUGGUAGUGUGGUGUUAAUAAAAUGUUUGCAUAAUAAAAAAUUAACUUAUCAUCA